UUUAAAUGACGUCGUUGAUUGUUUUUUAACAGAUGCAGGUGUCGAUGAGUUUGCUGUUUUAGAUAAUUUGACUCGAGCAAACGGCUAGCAUACACGUGAGUGAAACACACAGGCGAUGUCUUGUCAACUACAGUCAAGAAUUACAGCAAUUCUCAUUUUAACAUCUUCGCUAUCUCUCUUUUUAACAACCCAUGGCUCUGUUUUUGACCGAACCCAGAGCGUACGGAUAGAAAGAAAUUUACAAAAAGAAAGCAAACCCAGAGGAGAAGAUAAGGUUAAUUUGGCAAUAACUGAGCAGCAGUCAGUCGCAGCUAACUCGGAAACUCAAACUAGACACGCAAUCGUGGAUGAAACCGAGAACUUCAACCGCUACGCUUCCUCGUCAGCCAUCCGUCAGUACGACGACACCUACACGUUAACAUCAAAACAAGGUGGAAAAGAUCUGUUUCUCUCCGACUCUCCAGGUUUUGAUGGUCAGGCAGUCCAAGGAAAAGUGAACCUUUCUUCCACGCUUAUUACUGAAGAAUGGUUACAAAUGAGACCACAGGUGCAAUGUUCCCCAGCUGCUAUAAUCCUAACAGCUAAAGGAUGGAAUUACGUACACCUUCUUGUUGACCGAGUUGGUGCUUCCCCAGUGUCACUACUUCACCUGCCCUCUCACUGUAAGUACAAUGUGAGAGCGACAUGGAGAGACCUAGUUCUGAUCGCUCCAUAUGAUGGAUGCUAUGUCUUACAGCAGAAUGGAAGUUAUGUUUUACCACUGCUGUGGUGGGGAAUGCCUCUGAGUAUAUCCUGUCCCAUGACUCUUUCUUCUGCUCCUCCUACUCCAUCUGGCUUCUGCUCGAACCAGGGAAUAACCCUUAUGAUCGAUGGGUCUCUGAGAAGUAUAGGAAGGUAUAGCAUCAAAGUAAAUGAGGAGUGGGUGCCACUUGUAUCCGAAACAUGUGCUUAUCUAUUGGACUCGGCAACAGAAAACUUGAUCCUCUUCAUUCCUUUUACAGUGCAGUGUGCUAAGGAUGGAGGCAGCAAUCUUAAUAUCCUCUUGGAUGAGAAAAUGUAUACUCUUUCUUGUCAGCCUCAUUACUAUCUGCCAUACUACCCUCAGUAUAAUCCCUCUGCACCAUACUUUCGGAUUAUCCCACUUGACCCUUCUCUCACUAAACAAGCAAUACCUAAACCACACAUGGUGCCUGAAUUCGCCAACAUGGAACACCCCCAGCAACAUAUAUUUCUCUCUUCUGAGCAAUCCCCAGAUGCUACCACAGGUGAAACCAUACAGCAUCCUCAGCACCCAUCUUUAGAGUCAUAUGAUGUUUCUCAUGUCCCUAUUCAAGUGCGUUCUUCUGAAAUUCCCACAACAAGAAGUACUAAAAUAACAAUCUCCCCUUUUCAACCCCCCUCUGGGAAUUUGCAGCUGAGCAUGCCUAUGGUAUACCCACCUUAUCAACAUUUUUCUCAUCCAGUAUACCCUUACUACCAUAAUUUUCAGAAUCAAAAACUUAUUCCACCACAUUCACAUAUACCUAAAUAUAAACAGGCACUAAACCAGACUCCAAAGCCUCAGAUGGGACUGUGGCCUCAGACAGGAUCCUGGCUUCAGAUGCUUCAGCUACCACAUGUGCCCCAGAAUCCUCAACCUUUUCAGGUGCAACAGAUGCCUCAGGUGCCCCAGAAGCCUCAGAUGCCUCAGGUUCCCCAGAAGCCUCAACUGCCUCAGGUUCCCCAGAAGCCUCAACUGCCUCAGGUUCCCCAGAAGCCUCAACUGCCUCAGGUUCCCCAGAAGCCUCAACUGCCUCAGGUGCCCCAGAAGCCUCAGGUGCCCCAGAAGCCUAAACAUCCUAUAUUACCAGUGCUGGCAAAUGAUUCUUCCCAGUUGCUUCCAGCACUCACCUGCAAAGGGGAUCAUUUGAGAGCAUCUCUCCCCUCGACAAAAAUAAAUUCUAUCAAAGUCAAAGAUGUGAAGAGGAAGGUUUGGGUGCUGGUGUCUUCUACUCCAGCACACUGUGGAUAUUCACUGCAGCCUAAAGGCAAAAGUGUGCUUUUCUCCUCCCCUCUUCCUGCCUGUCACUCAUAUACAUUGUCCCCAUUGCUACUCUCUCUUUCUCUGAAGUUCUGGGAUUCUACAAUAUCGAAACACCGUGCUUUAAGACUUCAGUGUCCCUACAAUUCAACCUCUCCCACUAUGACAGACUCCUUUACAACCAUCCAGCCUUCCCAUCCCCAGAAACUCUUAGGCAUGUAUUUCAAUCCAUCAAAGCCUGAAGACUCGCAUCUCCAGUCUCAAAAUUCUAGUGUUCCAUUUUCGGCUCCCCCCAAAGCGACAGCAGCAUCUUUUCAGAUGUCCAAAGAUACAAAGCCAACUUCUUGGCCAUCUAAGCUCACCUGGAUGACCCAAAACACACCCUUGGCAUCUCUCAUGCAUCAACCACAAGUCUCAUGCCACUCUAAAGAUAUGAGUGUCACACUUCCUCCAGGACCAAUCUCAGACCUCACCAUUAAAUCUCCCGUGGUUGGCAUCAAGGGAGGUAUGAAGGAAGUGCUGUUUGAUGAAGCCCCAAGUCACUGUGGAUAUUUGAUGAAAAAGAACCAAGAUGGUGGCAUAAACAUUAUCCUGCCCUACACAUCCUGUCACAUGGCUCAUCAGAAUGGAGAAUACCGAAUUUUGUUGAAGUAUCAUACAGCAGAUGGUCAUAGAAACGAGGCCUCCCUGUCAUGCCAAGUUCCCAUGAACCAUGAAUGCAGUCUGCUGUCUGAACAGCGGUUACCCUGUGGACCCAGCUCUGUUUCAGCAGCUGAAUGUCGUAAUCUGGGUUGCUGUUACAUCCCAGAUUAUCAGACAUGCUACUACCCUAUGGAUGAAUGCACAGCCGAUCGGCAUUUUGUCUUCUCCGUCCCUGCCUCACUCACAGAACCACCCCUUUCACCUGCCCUGUUGGCUGCAGCUGGGAACCGGUCAUGCACUCCUCAGAGGGUGGUGGCGGAUACGGCCCUCUUUAAGAUCCCGUUGGAUGACUGUGGUGCUCACAGAUAUGAAGUGGGUAACACUGUGAUCUAUAUGCUGGAGAUCUUGAACACUUUGCACUCUGUUACACUCAACUACGGAACCAUAACCAGAGAUUCACCCUUUAGGUUGUUGGUUGAGUGUCGGUAUUUGCCUGGCACGGUGGCGAGUGUGGGAUACCUGGUUAAAAGCCCAUCACUCGGCCCAUCCAUUCAGGCCAAGGGAGUGUUUGGUGUUCAGCUCAGGAUUGCAAAAGACCAGCAAUACAGUAGCUACUACCCACAAUAUCACCGGCCCCUGCGCAAGCUGCUGGGGAAACCCCUUUACUUGGAGGUGCGUCUGCUGAACCCUUUAGACCCCAGCAUGGUGCUAUUGGUGCAUUACUGUGUGGCGUACCCUCGAUCAGCACAUUCAGCAUGGGUCCUCAUCUAUGAUGGCUGCCCGAACCCCCUUGAUGUCACACCAUCCCAUGAACCCCCUGCCGAUCCUCCAGAAGGACUGGCCAAUCACGUGAGGCGAUUCACUGUCAGUACUUUCCAGUUUCUAGAAAACAGUAGGAAGGAAAUGACAGCUGAUGGUGAGGAGGAGGGAGAGGAGGAAGAGGUCUAUUUUAUGUGUGCCACCGAGGUGUGUUUACCCUCUGAAGGUCCAUGUGUAGAGGGCUGUAUUGAUCAUUCCCCAUCGGUGAAGUCCUGAACUUCAUACAAAACAGUUGAUAUCACUCAUAACGCACUACUUGGUGCAUUAAAAAAAUAAAGGUUAAAAAAAGUA